AUGCUUUUCAAAGUGACAGGUAAACACAAAAAGCGAGGACGUCCCUCCACACACAACGCAAAGAAGAUUGAUGAAUGUUGUGAGUCUGGCUAUGAUUUUAUGAGACAAGAUCCUGACUUGCAUCGAUGUAUUUCAGAAGAUUUGGAUCGGAGUGAUAUCUUAUGGGUGCGACAUUUCCAAAUUUCAUAUCCCUCCACAGGAAGAACUCAACUGAUAAAACCAAAUACUUCAAAUCAAAAUUAUUUAUUUGGUCGAAAAAUUGGAGAAUGCAUCGAUGGAGUACUCAUUUCUCCCAUGUACAAUAAUUACAUUUUCAAAAUUUCUGGAGCUUGCGAUCGAUGGGGUCGACCUCAUCAUCCUGGAAUGUACAAAAGUGGUCGUGUGAGAGUGUUGAAACAACCAGGAACUUUUGGAUAUCAACCUUGGAGAGCUCGAAGGAAUGGAUCCCGGAGGAGAAGAGUUGUGAAAGGUUGUGUUCUGGAUGCAGGAACCAUUGCUGUUUCAUUAGUGUUUGUGAAGAAAGGAGAUGAAGAAAUUCAUGGAGUCACAGAUCGAGUGCUCCCAAAAACACAUGGACCGAAACGUGCUUCAAAAAUUAGGAAAUUAUUUAAUUUAUCAGCUUUGGAUGACGUGAGAAAAUAUGUCAUUAAGAAAAAUGUGAAAAUUUGUGGAAGUUUGGUUCCAAAAGGUGUGAAAAUUCAAAGACUUGUCACUCCUGAACGAAUUCGAAGGAAACAGCAACAAAUUCGAGAAUCCAUGAAAAGAGUCAUAAAGAGACAGCGAGAUCGAGAGAUGUAUGAAAAGCGCUUUCUGGACAAGACGACCAAAUCUUCCUCAACAACAGCCACACGUCUCUAUUGCUAA